CACGUGAGACGUCACCAGUCCCCAGCUCUCGCGUGAGGGCAUAGCAGGAAGCUCCACGUCAGUAGAUCCACCGAAACAAGCUACUCUGGUUACCUGAGGGGGUGCAGAGAGGACCGGGUUCGUAGAGUUUGAGACCUCCAGGCACAGUGAAAACAUGCCCCUGAGACUGGACAUCAAGCGGAAGCUGACCGCACGGUCGGACCGCGUUAAGAGCGUUGACCUGCACCCGACCGAACCCUGGAUGUUGGCCAGCUUGUACAAUGGCAGCGUGUGCGUCUGGAACCACGAGACCCAGACCCUGGUGAAGACUUUUGAGGUGUGUGAUCUCCCAGUGAGAGCAUCCAAAUUUGUGGCCCGGAAAAACUGGGUCAUUACUGGAGCGGACGACAUGCAGAUCCGUGUCUUCAACUACAACACCCUGGAGCGCGUGCACAUGUUCGAGGCGCAUUCUGACUACAUCCGCUGCAUCGCCAUCCAUCCGACCCAGCCGUACAUCCUCACAAGCAGCGACGACAUGUUGAUCAAGCUGUGGGAUUGGGAGAAGAAGUGGUCCUGCAGCCAGGUGUUUGAAGGCCACACCCACUACGUCAUGCAGAUCGUCAUCAACCCCAAAGACAACAACCAGUUUGCCAGUGCUUCCCUGGACAGGACCAUCAAGGUGUGGCAGCUAGGUUCCUCCUCACCCAACUUCACCUUGGAGGGUCACGAAAAAGGAGUGAACUGCAUUGACUACUACAGCGGAGGUGACAAACCCUACCUGAUCUCCGGAGCCGACGAUCGGCUGGUCAAGAUCUGGGACUACCAGAAUAAGACAUGUGUGCAGACCCUGGAGGGACACGCCCAGAAUGUGUCAUGUGUCAGCUUUCACCCCGAGCUUCCCAUCAUCAUCACAGGCUCCGAGGACGGCACAGUACGGAUCUGGCACUCCAGCACUUACCGGCUAGAGAGCACGCUCAACUACGGCAUGGAGCGGGUGUGGUGCGUGUGUGGGCUGCGAGGUUCCAACAAUGUGGCGCUGGGCUACGACGAGGGCAGCAUCAUCAUCAAGCUUGGGCGCGAGGAGCCGGCCAUGUCCAUGGAUGCCAACGGCAAGAUCAUCUGGGCCAAGCACUCCGAAGUCCAGCAGGCCAACCUGAAGGCCAUGGGGGACGCCGAGAUCAAGGACGGGGAGCGGCUGCCCCUGGCAGUCAAGGACAUGGGCAGCUGUGAGAUCUACCCCCAGACCAUCCAACACAACCCCAAUGGCAGGUUUGUGGUAGUGUGUGGGGACGGAGAGUACAUCAUAUACACAGCCGUGGCCCUGAGGAACAAGAGCUUCGGUUCGGCACAGGAGUUCGUCUGGGCCCACGACUCCUCUGAGUAUGCGAUCCGGGAAAGCAACAGUGUGGUCAAGAUCUUUAAGAACUUCAAGGAAAAGAAGUCCUUCAAGCCAGACUUUGGGGCUGAAGGUAUCUAUGGUGGGUUCCUGCUGGGAGUGCGGUCUAUGAAUGGCUUGGCGUUUUAUGACUGGGAGAACACGGAGCUGAUCCGGCGCAUCGAGAUCCAGCCCAAACACAUCUUCUGGUCAGACUCGGGGGAGCUGGUGUGCAUCGCCACAGAAGAGUCCUUCUUCAUCCUCAAGUACCUGUCUGAGAAGGUGGCGGCUUCCCAGGAGUCCAACGAGGGCGUGACGGAGGAUGGAAUCGAGGACGCUUUCGAGGUCCUGGGUGAGAUUCAGGAGAUCGUGAAGACAGGCCUGUGGGUUGGAGACUGCUUCAUCUACACCAGCUCCGUCAACAGACUGAACUACUUUGUGGGAGGAGAGAUCGUCACCAUUGCCCAUCUGGACAGGACCAUGUACCUGCUGGGCUACAUCCCCAAAGACGACCGCCUGUACCUGGGGGACAAGGAGCUGAACAUCGUCAGCUACUCGCUGCUGGUGUCCGUGCUGGAGUACCAGACGGCCGUCAUGCGCAGAGACUUCGGCAUGGCGGACAAGGUGCUGCCCACCAUCCCCAAGGAGCAGCGCACCCGUGUGGCCCACUUCCUGGAGAAGCAGGGUUUCAAGCAGCAGGCUCUGGCUGUGUCGUCUGACCCCGAGCACAGGUUUGAGCUGGCCCUGCAGCUGGGAGAGCUGAAGAUUGCCUACCAGCUGGCCGUGGAAGCAGAGUCUGAACAGAAGUGGAAGCAGCUGGCGGAACUGGCCAUCAGUAAGUGCCAGUUUGGGCUGGCGCAGGAGUGCCUCCACCACGCCCAGGACUACGGCGGGCUGCUGCUGCUGGCCACCGCCUCCGGCAAUGCCAACAUGGUGGCCCGGCUGGCCGAGGGCGCCGAGCGGGAUGGGAAGAACAACGUGGCCUUCAUGACUUACUUCCUGCAGGGAAAGCUGGACCACUGUCUGGAGCUCCUGAUCCGAACCAACCGCCUGCCGGAGGCUGCCUUCCUGGCCCGCACGUACCUGCCCAGCCAGGUGUCCAGGGUGGUGAAGCUGUGGCGGGAGAGCCUGGCCAAGGUGAACCAGAAGGCGGCCGAGUCCCUGGCCGACCCCACGGAGUACGAGAACCUGUUCCCAGGGCUCCGGGAGGCCUUCGUGGCCGAGCAGUUCCUGAAGGAGACCUGCGUGGGGAAGACCAGGCCGGCCACCGACUACCCAUUAGUCACGCCCAAUGAAGAGAGGAAUGUGCUGGAGGAGGCUAAAGGAUAUGAGCCUAAAGGAGGGAUCCCUCCCACACAGGCGCAGGCUGAGGCGGAUGAAGAAGCUGCAGAUUCAGGCGUGAUGGCGGCGGUACUGGCUGCAGUCGCCGCCCCAGUGGCCGCAGCAGUCGCUGCAGUUUCGCCUCCGUCCCCAGAGGAAGAGCUCCCCGGCCCUUCGCCCGCAGCAGAAGCAGAAGAGGAGGCAUCCGCUACGGAGGAUCAGCAGGUCCUGGAUGAUCUGGAAGUUGACCUGGAUAACAUGGAUCUGGAGGACAUCGACACGACGGACGUGAACCUGGACGAUGACUUCUUAGAUGACUAACGCACAAUGAAAUCUUCAUUAUUUAAGAGACCAAACGCUUUCCAUUUGUAUUUAUGUUACUUCCACAGAGGGUGGGUGUGGGUGGGCGGGGCCUAGGGCAGUGGGAGGGUGGGGUUUUGAAACCUGUGGGAAAGGACGAGUUAAGUAGUCUAUGAUUGCACUGCCUGUAUCACAGGAGAAGAAAAAAAACAUUGUUUCUUGUUUCUGAAUUUUGUACUUUAUACAGGAUCCCUAGCACUCUCAAGCUAUUUCUCCAAAGUGUAUUUUCGUCCAGCAUAUGCACGCUGAAUAUGGUAAUUCAUACAUCACUAACUCCCAAUAAAUGCCAAUAUUAAUUGUGAA